AUGGAAUCCCACGAAUCUACCCGUGAAUCUCUCGUCUAUCUCGAAGACCUCGAUAUCCCCCCUUCCACUUCCGUGAAGCGGCAGCGAACCCUGAUGGAUAUGUUCGCGAACUCACAAGGAAAAAAUGCUUCCGAGCCCUCUGCGAAGAAGCUGAAACUUUCGCCAGCUUCCUCGACGCGUCAGGGCAUGAGCAGCAUUGGAAAAGUAACAAAAGGCUUUGGUGUUCAGAAACUGAAUUCCAUCCCGUUUUCCAUGUCAGCAUUCCAAGAGUCUCUGACCGAUGAGCAGCGAGGUCUGCUCAGACUCGAAUGUGAGGCCAUGGGAAAAAGCUGGCUUAAAUUACUGAAAGAUGAGAUCAAGAAACCCUAUUUUCUGUCAUUGAAACAGUUUUUACGGGAAGAAGGCGUAAGAGGGAUUAACGAUAGCCCCCUGCCACUUAAGGUGUACCCACCCCCCAAAGAUAUCUACUCGUGGUCGAACACGCCGUUGGGAAAGGUCAAGGUCGUGAUCAUUGGGCAGGACCCCUAUCACGGCCGUGGCCAAGCGCAUGGGCUGUGUUUUUCUGUACCUCUCGGAGUCACAAUUCCGCCUUCUUUGCGAAACAUUUAUGCAGAAAUUAAGGCGGAAUACCCGGAGUUUACUCCCCCAAAACAUGGAAAUCUGACAGCCUGGGCAACCAAUGGCGUCCUCAUGCUGAAUACAUGCCUUACCGUUCGAGCCAACACAGCAGGUUCACAUUCCGAGAAGGGGUGGGAGCAAUUCACAGAUAAAGUGGUCGAUGUUAUCGAUAAAUAUGGCGGUGCCAACCUGCCCAGCAAACUGGCUCAAGCCGAUACGGGCCUCGGCCGAGGAAUUGUUUUUCUGGCCUGGGGGGCUUGGGCGGCCAAACGAGUGGCCAAGCUUGACAAGACGAAGCACCUGAUACUGACGAGCGCCCAUCCUUCUCCAUUUUCUGCGCAUAAGGGGUUCCUUGGUAACGGCCAUUUCAAGGCAGCCAAUGAAUGGCUGGAGCGGAAGUACGGGUCCGAUGGGAUAGUGGAUUGGUGCACUCUGAACUCUGAGUAAAUUCGGUUCGAGCCCAACACGUUGCCAUGCCGCUGUGGUACCCACUCGCCCCCUUUCCCCUCUCGGUCGCAGCAUGAUCGAACAUUUUGACAUAUAUAGUGUUUUAUCGCCGGUGCAGUUUUUGGUCGUUACCCGAUGUUUACAUGUAACACAAACAAAACAAACAAAAUAUGUUUUUUUACAG